AUAAAAAAAUGGAAUACUAUCAUGGCGGUAGACCAAGAUUAUUGGGCGUUGUUCUUAACACCUGUUGCUGUUGCUUAACUUAAAAUUCAAAGGAGACCAACAGCAUUUAUUAAUAAAAUUCAGUUUCAAUCAUGGUGCAACAAAACACAAGCAAUGGGUAAAAGUGAUGAAAACAAUGAAAUUAUAAUACAUGCAGGCGAAUCAACUUUUCUUAGAAAAACAACAAGCGAGGCCAGUAAAAUGCUAGAAGCUGCUUUGUUACAAAUGGACGACAUUAUUUCUGGUGCUUGUACAGACAGCAAUAAUGACGGAAAUACAGAAUGGAAAGAUACCGUUAAAGAAGCUGCAAGAAAUCUCGUGUCCGCAAUUAAAAGUGCACCAUGUCCUCCUUCUACUCCUGAUGCAGCUACCACUGAAAUUUUAUUGCAGUGGAUGCAACCAAGUUGCCCUUUGGGUUAUGGUAAAUUGCCUGCUUUCCGAGGAAGUGAGCCUAAUCUUUGUGCAACUAUAAAUUUGACUCACAUUGGGAAUCACCUACACUGCUGUUCUGCUGUUCAUAAUAUGAGAGUUUGUUCUGAAGAACACAGUUAUCAAGGAAAUGCUAAAGAAUACAGAGGAAAACGAGGCAAUCAAUCUUAUGAGUCAGGAAAAGAACGACAGUUCAGGAAUAGGAUAAAUUAUGAACAAAAAGCUAGGUCGCAAACAGAUCUCUUUUUAAGAAGAAGAGAAUCUCCUUAUUGUUGCUCCCUGCAGCACUUUCAUGAUACUCAAAAUUGGAAUGAGUAUCAAACACCUAGCGAGGAACGUUUACGAAAAUCAGAAAAUGAACGCGGGGCAUUACGUAUGGAAGUGUCAGUUUUAUCUGAGCAAGUGGAUGCACAGUCUACUAAAAUUCAAGAAUUGGAAAGUUUGCUCAGAGAAAAGAAAGAUUCUCUUAGAAGAAUGGAAGAGGCACUGCAAAAAGAAGUACUUUCAAGAAGUGCUUUGGAAACACAAAAGUUAGAGCUUUUAAGCUCUUUAUCAGAAAUGAAGCUUAGACUAACAAAUUUAGAACACGAAAAUCUUGCACUUCGUAGUGCAAACCUUAUGUCAAAUGAAGAGCAAUUUGAAAGGCAUACCAGCCAAUAUAGCAGUCUUCCUAGGCCGCCGAGUUCUUCAAAGAAAGGCGUAGCAUUCGGUAAGGUUUCAAGUUUAGCUUCAGGGACACACACGACGGUACCACUGGCCAUUAGGGGAGUCUCCGCGAGAUGCCUGUCUGCGCCUACUCUAGCUGAAGAAGAAAAAACGAUUAUUAUAGGAGACCCAAAUUCUCGAUUAGAAACUCAGAAACCUUUGGCGGAGCUCUCGAUGGAAGAAAUUGAAGAUUGGCUCGCGAAUCUAGGAUUAGAAUGUUAUGCGGGUGAAUUAAGACGAUGGGGUGCAACUGGAGCAAAAUUACUUGAAUGCUCACAACAGCAGCUAGAAAGAGAGCUGGAAAUAAAAAAUAUUCUUCACAGAAAGAAAUUGUUGUACGCAAUAGAGUCAGAAAAAUAUGGCGGCAGUGAGUUUUUUGGAUCGGAUAAGAUGGAUAAUGCAGCCGUUCUACGAUGGCUCGAUGAUAUUGGUUUACCACAACAUAAAGAAGCUUUUCAAAUCGGUAAAGUCGAUGGUAGAAUGUUACAUAGACUUACUACCGAAGAUCUUUUAAACCUUGGAGUUACUGCACAAUUACAUGCUGCAAGUCUUAGACGAGGAAUUCAGGUUCUUCGUGAAUUAAAUUUUGAGUUUGAUAACCUUGAAAGAAGAUCUGCAAACGGUAACGGAGCUGAUGGUAGUAAUGUUCGUCUCUGGACAAACCAUCGAGUAAUGGAAUGGCUCAGAGUGGUUGAUUUGGCAGAAUACGCACCCAAUAUGAGAGGAUCCGGAUUACAUGGAGGUUUAAUGAUGUACGAAGGCAGAUUUACUUCAGAAUUAUUGGCUACGUUGCUUAGUAUUUCCCCUGGAAAAACUCUUCUUCGUAGACAUUUAACAACACAUUUCAAUCAAAUUCUCGGUAGAGAAGUUGUACAGAGAAAAAGGGAAAUUGAAAGCACUCUUGGAUUCAUUCCACUUACGCUUACCGCUCGCUUGAAGGUACCAAAGAAAUCUCAGUUUACAUUAAAGCGUAAGAAGAGCAAAAAUGAAGCGGAUUAUGGUAAUUUGGUCUGUCCUCUGGAAUCGUCACCGCCAGGUACUCCAUCGACUCCUACUUCGACUCCAGGCAGUCCAAAUUUGAAUUCACCGACGUUCUAACUACAUCGCACAUUCAUAAUUUCUUACGAAAUUGCAACCUACGUCGAUUAAAAUUGUAAACAAAAGUCUCGAUUUACUAGUUUUCCGGAUGACCAGUCGACCUCUUCAGUGUCAUCAGCAAUCUUUGGAUAGACCAAACAAAAUUGUAACAUUAGAGUAAUUUGCCAAUAAUGUUAUUGUUAUAACAUUCUAAUGCUUAGCCCUCAGUUAAUUUUACAGUAAAUUUGUCGAUUGUAUUCGAGAUUCUAAAAUAUUAAGCAAAAUAAGUGAAUUGCAUAUAAUGGAUGACAAUAGGAAUUGUUUUUAUUAUCGUAACGAAUGUAAGGAACUUUUUAAUUUUAGAACGAUCGUUUAAGAUGUACAAUAAUCUUACCCAGGGACAAUAAUAUUUUAUCGUUCACCUAGUUUUACGCUAGGAAACUCAGA